CAUGGCAGGAACUCGAGCAUUGCGCACGGCGCGGAAACUACUCCUAGCUGCCGCCCAUCUUGUGGAGAAGCAGCGUUUGCUGCUACGGUUGACUCUUGCGAUGGGCUGCACCCCAAAGAAACCUACUCCCAGCCCCAGCCAAGCCAGGAGGUUCAGCAAGAAGGUGAGAGAGUGGGCUGCUUUUUCGAAAAAUUCGUCCGAUUCGGUCGGCAGGAGGGAUUCUACUAGUGACAGCGGGGCCAACAAUAACAAUGGGUCGGUGUCUGAGCGAAGUGGCCCCGACGGGAAGGCGACGGGCGUACCCUGCUGCAGAGUUGUGCCGUUUAAAGAGAGCAGGGACGUCGCGAGGUGUAGUGUGAGCGAGGAAGACCUGCACAGAGGGCAGACGAUAGGGAACGGGGGGUUCGGGACGGUGUACGAGGGCAGGUACGGGGGAAAGCGCGUCGCGGUGAAGGUGCUGGACCGAUGCAGGCACAACCUUCCGGCGGCCGUGCAGAGCUUCAAGGCCGAGCUGUGCGUGUUGGACCUGCGGCACCCGAACAUUGUACGGACCCUCGCAGUGAGCUCGUCCACCUUAAAAGACAACACCUUCAUAGUGAUGGAACACGCAGGUGAGAAGAAUCUCCAACAGGUGAUCUCGGACCCCGAGGAACCCUUAUACAUCCGAAGACGUCUCCGAUUCGCCUUGGACAUUUCCAAAGCCUUGGACUACUCUCACAAGCACAACAUCGCGCACUUGGACUUGAAGCCGGCCAACGUGAUGGUCACCAGGGAGGAUCGCUGCAAGCUCGGGGACUUCGGGUGCUGCCAAGUUGUUGACGGGGAGACGGGGAGGGUGAGCCCGACGGAGCGCUCGCACCUCACCGGUACCUUCGCUUACCGCGCGCCCGAGCUCAUGCGGGGUGAACCGCCGACCACCCGCGCGGACAUAUACUCCUACGGGAUCACACUCUGGCAGAUGCGGGCACGAGAACACCCCUACACGGGCGAAAACCCUCACGUCGUGAUCUUUGGCGUCGUGGCCAACAACGUCCGACCAGCAUUUCCAGAAAAGGACUGCGAUGAAGACGCGUCGGUUCUGGAAGGUUGGUACAGAAGACACGCGUCCCGGUGUUGGAACGCACAACCGACUCACAGACCCUCGGCAGCAGAAGUUGUAGAAGUUCUGGAAGAGAAACUCUAUGCACUCAGAACUGACAGAAAUGAGAGCAUUUCGUGCUGACCGAAAUGGUGGCAUGUCUCGAAGCGCUAUGUUUUGUAUUGAACUUUGUGAUCAGAGUAUAUUUUGAUAUGACGUAUCUAUACAUGUUGCUGCUUGUACAAUUGAUGUUUUGGUUACUGUACUGAAAGAGACGGUAUGCGGGUAUACCAGGUUUUCUAAGAGUACUGGAGUAAAUAAUUUGCGAGUGCGAGUUUUGUACUGAAAGUGUAUUUUGUUAUUACUAGUGUGCAAAUGAAUGUUACUGUGGCGUUACAUGUUACUGUAACUGGAAACGGCGAUACGGGUUCAUAAAUAUGACAUAUUUUCUUCGAUUUACAUACUAGUACUAGGUGUUAAGUUUUCAAUGAUUAGAUACCAUAGUACUUAGUUAUCAAUUGAUAAAGUAAACUUACGGUGAAAACUACAGAACAGCAAAUAACAGAAAUUAGCAUAUAUCAGAUUUAAUAUGGCAAGUUUGAAAAAACAUUCAGAUGUAUCCAACCACGUUUUAAAUUCCUAGAAAUGGUUGGUUUUAUUUCAGAACUCUGCUUGUGCUGCUAUUAAUAUGGGCUAGAUGCUUAA